UGUUGUUUAGGAAGCGUCAUUUGACGUUUCAGGCUUCAGCCCACAAGUUGUUUGUUUAGACUGUGUGUGCACUAAAACCUAAACGUUUUCUUAGCGUUUUCCAUCAAUUCUGCUGUUUUGCUCUAUUAUAAGUUUUAAUAUUAAAUAAUCAGCGUGCUAUACUAUUUCAAAAUGCCCAAAUAUUAUUGUGAUUACUGUGAUACUUACCUAACUCACGAUUCACCAAGUGUGCGAAAAACCCACUGUACUGGCCGAAAACACAAAGACAACGUUAAAUUCUACUACCAAAAAUGGAUGGAAGAGCAAGCUCAACAUCUAAUUGAUGCCACCACAGCAGCCUUCAAGGCAGGUAAAAUAGCUAAUAAUCCAUUUGCUGGGCCAGGAAAGGGCGGAGUUGCCAUACCACCACCAUCAAACCUUAUGGGACAAAGACCUGGAGUCCCACCAGGGCCAGGCAUGGUACCACCAGGAGCAAUGGGUCCUGGAGGUCCGAUGCCCCCAAUGGUUAUGGGUCCACAUGGGCCAAUGCCCCCCAUGAUGGGAAUGAGACCACCGAUGAUGGGUAUGAUGCCUAUGGGUCCCAUGGGUCCAAUGGCACCUGUCCGACCACCGAUGAGUGCAAAAUAAGACUUACAUUGUUUAUUUUAUAAGGUAUGAUGUUGUAAGUAAUGAGUCUUCUUAAUUAAUAUGUAGAGUUUUAUUAUAUUAACUUAUUUUCAAAUGUAUAGCAUUUGAAUUCAA